AUGGAGUAUCGCAAAGCUUCCAACCGUUCUUUCGAUAACGCGACAACCUUGAUAAAUCCACCACAUUCUUCGCCAAUGGCCAUGUCGACGAACUUCUCGUCGUCGGUGUCUAGCCAGACAUCACAGGGCUCGUCUUCUGCUGCCACGACUCCUCUAGGCACUCCAGGAGCCACGCGCACAAAAUCAUGGCACGUCCCUGGCCCCUCGACGCGUUACCACAAGAGUGAGCACGCCAGACCAAAACCCACUCCUCGUACCAGCACAGGCGGCCAACAUGCCCGCAAUCAAUCUUCACUCUCGACCCGCUCUUCGCAUACCGAAGCUUCUGGCGUUCCUUCACCCCUAGCGCGUCUCAAUUUCGCUCGCGACUCGCCAAAGGACUAUUCCUACUCCCCGAACGACACCAUCAAGCCGCGCAACAACCCUGCCACUCCUCUACGCUCCCCUCAUCUCGCCAGUAACAACUUCAACAAUCUCAGAUUCCAAGGCUCCCCUUUCUCCGACUACUUCACUGACGACUCCAAAUCCGUCGACCACAAUGCCCCCUAUCAUCCUUCCGACCCUGCUCAAAAGCUGUUGCUGCGCCUGAACAAUCUUGGUGGUGACAUCCUACGUCUUGGACUCCAGGACGACUCGCUCUCCGAAUUCAACGAGAAACUGUGUACUCUUGAAGCAAUGGUCAACGACGGCGGUUUCAGUGACGCUGGCUCCUCAAUCGAAGAGAGGGACCGUCGCAACUCUUUUCCAGGACGACUUUACACUGAGGAUCACUCUCAAGGUCAUGAAGCUCGCGAGCGUAUUUCGUCCCCUGAGCAUUCGAACAAAUCUCGAAUGUCUGAGGUCUGGAUGGCUGAUGCCUGUGAAUACGCCGAUGGCUUCACUCAGACCGCCGAUCAACUUGCCUAUGCUACUUCGGCCACACAAACUGAGGAAGAAGCCUCGAAGGAUAUGGCCGAGUCUUCUGUGUGGAUCAACAACUAUGCCGAUAUCUCUACCCAGACCACCGAUGACCGUCUUGUUGCUGAUCUGCAAGAAGUAGUCGAGCGUCUUGCCAAAGCGAAUGAAUCUCUGCGCCAGCGUUAUGACCAGAGCAAGGAAGUCUGCGAUACUCAGUCGGUACAGAUUGAAGAAUUGACCACUCAGCUCAUGACUAUCAAGUCUGAGAACGAUAGCUUGAAGCAGGACUUGGGCUUUGACCACUCAGAACUCUUGUUCUUGAAGUUGCAGCUGCAAGCCCUUGAGGUGCAGAAAGAGAAUUACGAUCACAACAACCAUGUCCUGCUCGCCGAAGACUUUGCUCAGUGGAAGGCUGAUUGGGACAGCGUUGAUGCUCGUCUACGCUCAAGAAGACAGAAGAACCGUGUCACAUCUGCUGACAUCAAAGACUUCCCCACUCUGGAGACUGAGACACCUGUUGAUCCCGAAGACCAGGGCAACUGGCAACUCGAAACUCGCAAGCAUCAGCAUGGAAGAGUCAAGUCUAUCACACUCAAGCGCGUUGAUGAGGCUGAGGCUCAGACUGAGGAAGGAGCUUUGAUCGAGUCACACUUUGAUAUCCCUGCCUCGCCUAUCGUCAAGACUGUCUACUCCGAGCAAUCUACUCAAACCGAAGAAGCGCCUUCCGAGGAGCACAUCGACCAAACCGAGGUGGUGGCUCACGUCACUCGGGGCACUCAGACCGAUAGCGAACCCUCUUUCACAAAGUCCGAGAUCAAGUCGCAACAGACAGAGCCAAUUGAGAUUGUCAAAACCGAGCACGAGGUCUNNCGAAUGAGGUUGAAGACGAUAGCGAGGGAAGAAGUAGCUGUCAGCCAAGCUCAAUCUUCCUCAAGCCAAUCGCCCUGCUGCGAAAAGGAGCACCUGUGCACCGCAUGUGGCGAGAAAUUCGACUACUCGUCCGAAGAUGACGAACCAAACUCCAAGACUCCAUGGCAAGAGCUCUGUGACGGUCUUGUCGCGUUCGCUGGUAUGCAACGCGAGUGA